AUGGGGCCCCCGGCGCCGGACGCUCGGUCCCUGCCCUGGCGCACAUGGGAUGCCGUGCCUGUCCAGUCGUCUGAGCGUUUUUUCUGCCUGACAAUGCGCCGCUGGGUGGAGAACUUCGAACGCGUCAUUCCGCCAGUCGGGCGGGUGGAGAUUCGCGGCCAGCCGGCGGCCGUGCUGUCGGCCCUGCUGGCCGAGCAGGCGGAUCUCGAUGACGAGGCCCUCUUCCUGGAGCGGCAGCGCGCUCUCGAGGCCGGAGACUUCUCGCUGGAAGACAACCAUCAUCAUGACCAUGAGCAGUCGCCGGCCAGCCCGUACCAUGACCAUCCCUUUGGGGAGGAUCUUUUGUUCAAAUCGCGCGUCGGCCACCUGCCGGUGCGCGUGCUGGGCUUUGGCCCGGCGGCCCUGGCCUCCGAGGUGCCGUCCGAUGCUCCCGGCCCGGAGGACAUCUAUGAGCUCCUGCUCCAUGCCGAGCGCACUCUCCACAGCAGGCGCCCGGACAAGGACCAGCCGCUGGCCGAAUUGGUGACCCUGGCCCGGUGGCCGGACGCCGACCGAGCGGGCUUCAUCUAUGCAGCGACCUUUGCCCCGGAGGGAUCCCCGAUCGAGGUGGCCGCCGGGCUGCCCUUCUACUACCCCCGGGCCCUGGCCUUCCGGCUGCUGUUCGCCCGAUCAACCGGCAGCAUGGCAGCCGCUCUGGCCAUGCAGCCCGAGGACAUGCAAACCGGGCCCGGCGGCCCCGGCAGGCCUCUCGAGGGGCGCGCCGGGCCACCCCCGCUGCCCGAGCAUCCCGGCCCCUGGAUUGCCCUGCAGUAUGCUCCCCUGCCUGUGGGAUCCGACCUGGGGCCCCGGGCCCCGGCGCACAAUGCCCGUGCCUGGCAGCACAUCCUGAAAAAGGCGCGGGCCUGGUGCGUCAAUGCCCAGGUCGGAUACCGGGGCCUGCGCAGCGAGCGCCUGCUCAGCUCGCUGGAGUACUCGGGCUUCGAGGCGCCGCUCGGCGGGACCCGGCCCCGGUCGACCGGCGUCACGCCGGCGUCCGAGCUCCGGUGGACUUCCGGUCGCACCCCGCGCCUCGAUCGCGAGUGGCUGUAUGUCGCGCUGAAGGAGCGCCUCGGGGCCCGGUGGCUGACCACCUGGUCGGAGUUCGAAACCACCGACCCGGAGAAGAAUGUCCACGAGGACUUGGCCAUUGCGGCCUACCUGACGGCCCUGUGGCGUGCACAUGGGUACUUCGGCCGGCCGGGGUCCCUGUGCGCGGCUCCCGAGGGCGACCGCGAGCCCGCCGCCCGGAGGCGAUUGUACUUCGUGGAUCUCGGCUGUGGGAAUGGCUUCCUCACGUAUGUCCUGCGGCAGGCCGGCUUCGAGGGGCAUGGUGUGGACCUGGCCCGGCGGCGGAUCUGGUCGGCCCUGUCGCCGGAGGCCGAUCUUCGUGAGGAGACCCUUCACCUUCCCACCCUCACCCUGGAGAAUCCCUUCACCGAUGGGCCUCGGCCGGGAGAUGUGGUUUGGCUGAUUGGCAACCAUGCUGACGAGAUCACCCCCUGGCUGCCGAUCAUUGCGGCCCGGACCGCGGCGGCGGCCAGGACCACGUCGGCCACCGGCGAGGGCCCGGCCAUCUGCCUCUUCAGCAUCCCCUGCUGCUUCCACGACCUGACUGGGCGCUUUACGCAGCUCGGCAAGGACCGGCUGGCUGGGCUGGCGGAUCUCUGCGCCGCUGAUGGGGUUGCCGGCCCGAUGGAGCGUGGCAGCGGUGCCGCUGGCCAGGGCUGCGGCCGCUAUGGCGAGUAUCUCCUGUAUAAUGAGUUCCUGGCCCGGCGCUUGGGCCUGCACCUGGAAACCGACCUGCUGAAGAUCCCGAGCACCAAGAACUACUGCCAGGUGGCUCGCUUUUGCCGGCGGCUUGAUCCCGUCGAGCUGGAUCGACGCAUUGAGGCCCUGCUGGAGGAGGCUGGCUAUCGCGGCUUCACCGGGCCUGGGGCUGUCUCCGAGCCGGGCACCGAGGGGGGCGGCAUUUGGAAGCCACGCGUUGCCGACCGCGAGCUUACUCGAGCAGCCUUCCUGAAGAAGAAGCUCCGUCCGGCGACACGCUCGGCCUCGCCCCCGGCCCCAAUCGAGUGA